CAUUUUAAUCUCCGUAUGCAGGGAUUCUCUUGGGCUGAUGGGGCUUUGUGGUUUGCUUUAAUCUAGUUAUCUGUGUCCAUCUAGAUGGCCAGGAAGCUCAGCAUGUUGGAAGUCCUGCUGAUCGUCUUCAUCGUAAUUGUAUUGCUCAUAGCUGUAUUUUUACUCAUUCUUGUGUUGGAGGAAGAUCAAGAUUCAUUUGUUCCAGACUGCCCGGCAAUCCCUGAAUCAGAAAGGAUAGACUGUGCUCCUGGCCAGGUGGUGACCCAGGAAGUCUGUAGCUGGCAGCGACGGUGCUGCUGGAACCCUGUGGAGGACACCAAUGUCCCCAGGUGCUUCUUUCCCAAGAACUGGGGCUAUGAAGUCAGCACGAUUCUCUGGAACAAAAGUGAAGAGUUUGCUGCCCAGUUGAAAAGGCUGCCAUCCCCAACCCUGUUUGGAAAUGAUGUCAGCGACACCCUCUUCACAGCUGAAUAUCAGACAUCCAAUCGUUUUCAUUUUAAGAUCACCGACCUCAAUAACAGACGACAUGAAGUCCAACAUGAAAGUAUUAACUCACUGACUCAGACUGUUAAUAUCUCUGAUUUCAACUAUCAAGUGGAUGUCACUGAGAAGCCCUUCAGCAUCAAAAUAAUGAGGGCAAGCAAUGGAAAAGUCUUGUUGGACACGGGCAUUGGGCCCCUCGAGUUUGCCCAACAGUACCUGCAGCUGUCUUUUCACCUGCCCAGCACCAACGUGUACGGGCUGGGGGAACACGUGCACCAGCAGUAUCGCCAUGACAUGAACUGGAAGACCUGGCCCAUCUUCACUCGGGAUGCCUCUCCCACCGAGGGCAUUAAUCUAUACGGGGCUCAUACCUUCUUCUUGUGCCUGGAAGACACCAGCGGCUCCUCGUUCGGGGUUUUUCUGUUGAACAGUAACGCCAUGGAGGUCACCCUUCAGCCUGCUCCCGCAAUCACCUACCGCACGAUUGGGGGUGUUCUUGACUUUUACGUGUUCCUGGGAAGCACUCCAGAGCAGGUCGUUCAGGAAUACCUGGAGCUUGUUGGAAAACCAUUCUUGCCUUCCUACUGGAGUCUUGGGUUCCAGCUUAGUCGCAGGAAUUAUGGUGGCAUCGAAGGACUGAAGAAUGUUGUGAGUCGAAACCGUGCAGCUGGGAUCCCGUAUGAUGUGCAGUACUCUGACAUAGACUACAUGGAUGGAUACAAGGAUUUCACUUAUGAUAACAGGACUUUCUAUGGUCUCCCAGAUUUCGCCAAGGAGUUACACAGCAAUGGACAGAAAUAUGUCAUUGUUAUGAAUCCCGGCAUCUCCAACAGCUCUGGCUAUAAGCCCUACGAGGAUGGAAAAACAAAGAGGAUAUGGGUCUACGAGAAUGAUGUAUUUGCUUUUGGGAAGGGCUAUCCUGGGUGGACAAUCUUUCCUGAUUUCAGUAAUCCAGCGAGCUUUACCUGGUGGGAAGAACAGUUCAAUAAAUUCCAUGAAACUCUGGAGUUUGAUGGAGUGUGGAUUGAAAUGGAUGAAGUUUCUAAUCUUCUUAAUGGCUCUGAUGUUGGGUGUGAAUUAAACAGCUUGAACUAUCCUCCUUUCACGCCUAGAGUUCUGGACCGGGUGCUUUUCGAGAGAACCCUUUGCAUGGACACAGAGUUUUACAGUGGCCUUCACUAUGACCUCCACAGUUUGUAUGGCUACUCCAUGGCACAAGCCACAGACUCGGCCAUGCGGACUGUCUUCCCCCAAAAACGGAGCCUCGUCUUAUCCCGCUCUACUUUUGCUGGGUCUGGCAAGUUUGCUGCUCACUGGUUGGGGGAAAACACAGCCUCAUGGAAUGAUCUCCGGUGGUCCAUUCCCAGUAUCCUUGAGUUCAACCUAUUUGGCAUCCCCAUGGUAGGUGCCAAUAUCUGUGGUUAUAAAGAAGAUACCACAGAGAGCCUCUGCAGAAGAUGGAUGCAGCUUGGAGCAUUUUAUCCACUAUCCAGGAAUCACAAUGGGCCUGGCUUCAUGGACCAGGACCCUGCCUCCUUUGGAGCCGACUCCCUGCUGCUCAACUCUUCCAGGCACUACCUGAACAUCAGAUACACCUUGCUGCCCUACCUGUACACCCUCUUCUACCGCGCGCACACCCGUGGGGACACGGUGGCCCGGCCCCUGCUGCAUGAGUUCUACCAGGAUUCAGCCACCUGGGAUGUGCACGAGCAGUUCCUAUGGGGGCCUGCACUCCUGAUCACACCUGUUUUACACUCAGAUGUAGACCAAGUGAAUGCCUACAUCCCGGAUGCUAUCUGGUAUGACUAUGACACAGGAAUGGCCAUCCAAUGGAGGAAACAAUGGGUGCAGAUGCAAUUCCCCAAAGAUAAAAUAGGACUUCACCUUCGAGGGGGCUACAUAUUCCCUACCCAGAAGCCAAACACAACCACAGAGGCCAGCCGGAAGAAUUCCCUGGGACUUAUCAUUGCCCUGGAUCACAAGAGGGAAGCUAAUGGGGAGCUGUACUGGGAUGAUGGCGUGUCCACAGAUGCUGUGACCAAAGAGAACUAUCUCCUGUAUGACUUCUCUGUGGCCUCUAACCGUCUACAGGCAAAGAUUAUAAAUAAUUAUACGAACCCUGACAACCUGCAAUUUACAGAUAUCAGAAUCUUGGGAAUGGACAAGGAGCCGGCUAAUUUUACUGUCAUAGUUAAUAAUGUUCACACCCUCUGUUCAAACUGUUCAAACGUUGCCUACAGUGCCUCAGCAAAGGUGGUAACCAUCACUGACCUUGAGGGGCUGGUACUGGGACAAGAGUUCUCCAUUGAGUGGACGCUUCCCGUCAGUGACCUGGAGAAGUUCAAUUGCUACCCUGAGGAUCCCUCUGCUUCGGAAGAGAGCUGCAAGCAGCGGGGGUGCCUGUGGGAGCUCACAGAUGUCCCUGGAGUGCCCUCCUGUUACUAUGACACCAUCCCCAGCUAUGCUGCCAGUAAUAUCCAGUACCUGCCCACGGGCAUCACCACGGACCUCACUGUCCUGCCAGAAUCCCUGAAUCUCCCUCCAGCAGCGAGUGCGCGCCAAUUGCCCUGGGCCCCCGCUGCUGAUCCUCUCUCUGCCAGGAUUGACAUCCUCCAACUGAGUGUGAUCUACCACACAGAGAGCAUGCUGCAGUUCAAGAUCUACAAUUCUGCCAACAAGAGGUACGAGGUCCCAGUGCCCCUCAACACCCCAGCCACCCCAGUGGGCUCCCCUGAGCAGCGUCUGUAUGUUGUCAGCGUCCAGACCAAUCCUUUUGGGAUCCAGAUUCGACGGAGAAGCUCCAACACCGUGAUCUGGGACUCUCAGCUCCCUGGCUUCACCUUCAACGACACGUUCCUCUCCAUCUCAACUCGCUUGCCCUCCCAGUACGUUUACGGCUUUGGGGAAACAGAGCAUGAAAGUUUCAGAAGAAACAUGAGCUGGAAUACAUGGGGAAUGUUUGCUCGAGAUGAACCCCCAGGGUACAAGAAGAACUCCUAUGGUGUGCACCCCUACUACAUGGCACUAGAGGAGGACGGCAGUGCCCACGGAGUGCUCCUGCUCAACAGCAAUGCCAUGGAUGUGACCAUCCAGCCCACCCCUGCCCUGACAUACCGCACCACAGGAGGGAUUUUGGACUUUUAUGUGGUUUUGGGGCCAACCCCUGAACUUGUAACUCAGCAGUACACCGAGCUGAUUGGCCGGCCAGUGAUGACUCCAUACUGGGCCUUGGGAUUCCAGCUGAGUCGCUAUGGAUACUACAGUGAUACGGAGAUCUCCAAUUUGUAUGAUGCGAUGGUGGCAGCCCAGAUCCCCUACGAUGUACAACACGUUGACAUGGACUACACGGAGCGGAAGCUGGACUUCACCCUCAGCCCCAUGUUCAAAGACCUCGCCCACCUGGUUGACCAAAUGAAGGAAAAUGGCAUGAGAUUUAUUCCCAUUUUGGACCCAGCCAUUUCUGGCAAUGAGACCGGGUAUCUCCCUUUCACCAGGGGACAGGCAAACGACGUGUUCAUCAAAUGGCCUGGCAGCAAUGACAUUGUCUGGGGGAAGGCAUGGCCGGAUCUGCCCAACGUUAGCGUGAAUGGGUCCCUGGACCAGGAGACUCAGGUGAAGCUGUACAGGGCCCACGUGGCAUUUCCUGACUUCUUUCGCAACAGCACAGUUGCAUGGUGGAAGAAAGAAAUUCAAGAGCUCUAUGAAAACCCUCGAGAGCCAGAGAACAGCUUGAAGUUUGAUGGGCUGUGGCUUGAUAUGAACGAGCCGUCAAGCUUUGUGGAUGGAUCUGUCAGUGGCUGCCAGGAUCGCGUUCUGAAUAACCCGCCCUACAUGCCGUCUCUGGAGUCCAGGGACGCAGGCCUGAGCAACGGGACGCUGUGCAUGGAGAGCCAGCAGGUGCUGGCAGACGGCUCCCUGGUGCGGCACUAUGACGUGCACAGCCUGUACGGCUGGGCCCAGGCCAGGCCCACCUACGAAGCUGUGCAAGAGGUGACAGGGCAGCGAGGCCUUAUCAUCACCCGCUCCACCUUCCCCUCCUCUGGCCGCUGGGCAGGACACUGGCUGGGAGACAACACGGCCGCGUGGGACCAGCUGAGGAAAUCCAUCAUCGGCAUGAUGGAGUUCAGCCUCUUUGGGAUGUCCUAUACAGGAGCCAAUAUCUGUGGGUUCUUUGGAAACGCGGAUUAUGAGAUGUGUCUCCGCUGGAUGCAGCUGGGGGCCUUCUACCCCUUCUCCAGGAACCACAACACUGUGGGGACCAGGAGACAAGACCCUGUGUCCUGGGACGCCACCUUUGAGAACAUCUCCAGGAGUGCCCUGCAGACCAGAUACACCCUGCUGCCAUACCUGUACACCCUGAUGCACAAGGCCCACGUCGAGGGCAGCACCGUCGUGCGACCCCUUCUCAACGAGUUUGCAGAUGAUGUCACAACCUGGGAGAUCGACCGUCAAUUCAUGCUUGGUCCUGCCAUCCUGAUUAGCCCUGUGCUGGAAAGUGGUGCCUUUGCCAUCUCCGCUUACUUCCCCAGAGCCCGCUGGUAUGACUACAGCUCGGAAUCUGGUGAGGAUUCGGCAGGUAAGUGGAAGACACUGGCGGCUCCCCUUGACCACAUCAACCUUCACGUCAGAGGAGGCUACAUCCUGCCCUGGCAAGAGCCUGCGAUGAACACUCACUACAGUCGACAAAAUUUUAUGGGACUGACUGUUGCCUUGGACAGUGACAGGAAAGCUUAUGGCCAGAUGUUCUGGGAUGAUGGACAAAGCAUUGAUACCUAUGAAAAUGGAAACUAUUUCUUGGCAAACUUUACAGCAGCACAGGAUAACUUGCAGAUCCAGACCAUACACAAUAACUAUUUGAGUGACUCAAAUCCCCUGAAGGUUGGCUAUAUUAGGAUCUGGGGGAUGAAAUCUGCUUAUGUGACAGAAGUCAAGAUCACCCAUGACAACCAGCAAUUCACAGAGACAAACUUCAGGAGUGACCCUUAUAGUCAGACACUAACUAUUCAGUUGACUGACAAGAUUAUUCACCUGGAAAAGUUAACUGAGGUUACUUGGAUUCAUGGUGACCCUGUAGUUACUACUCCAACUAUGACAAGUACCUUUUUGACGAGUUCUCAUUCCUCUCCAUCAACUACUGAGGCUACCACUUAUGAGACUAUUAACACUAGUUCUGCUGGUACAAGUUCUGAUGCUCCUAGCACUAGCAUUACUGUUCUUAUUACAACUACUCCUGCCCUGACAACUGCUACUACUGUUAGCACUAGCACUAUUGUUCCUAUCAUCACUACUCCUUCUCCUACAAGUAAUACUGAAGAUAGCACUAGUACUACUGUUCUUAUGACUCCUUCCCCAACAAGUACUACUGGUGUUAUCACUAGCACUACUCUUCUUAUUCCAACUACUCCUUUCCCUACAAGUACUGAUGCUCCUAGCACCAGUACUACUGUUCAUAAUACAACCACUCCAUUUCUGACAAGUACUACUGAUGUUGGCACCAGUACUGCUAUUCUUAUUAAAACAACCCCUUCUCCUAUAAGUACUGUGGAUGCGAGCACUGACACUACUGUUUCUAAUACAACCUCUCCAUUCCUGACAAGUACUACUGAUGCUAGCACUAACACUACUAUCUCUAAUACAACCAUUCCUUCCCCUACAAGUACUACUGAUGCUAGCACUAAUGCUACUGUUUCUAAUAUGACCACUCCUUCCCUGAUAAAUGAUACUGAUGUUGUCAGUAGCGCUGCUAUUCUUAUUACUACAACCCCUUCUCCUACAAGUAUUGUGGCUGCUAAUACUGAUACUACUGUUUCUAAUACAACCUCUCCAUUCUUGACAAGUACAACUGAUGCUAGCACUAACAGUAUGGUUUCUAAAACAAUUACUCCUUCUCCUACAAGUACUGGUGCUUCUAGCACUAGUACUACUGUUCCUAAUACAACCAUUCCGUUCCUGACAAGUACUACUGAUGUUGGCACUAAUACUGCUAUUCCUAUUACGAUUACCCCUUCUUCUACAAGUACUGCUGAUGUUAGCACUAAUUUUACUGUUUCUAAUACAAAUACUUCUUCCCUUACAAGUACUACUGAUGUUAGCACUAGUAAUACUAUUUCUAUUACAACCGUUAUUUCUCCUACGAGUAAUAAUGAUGGUAGCACCAGUACAACUGUUCUUCUUAUAACCACUCCCUCUCAUACAAGUACUGAUGCUGCUGACGCUAAUAAUACUGUUCCUAUUACAGCUACACCUUCUCCUACAAUUACUGGUGCUGAUAUUACUAACAAUAAUUUCCCUCUUAUGACUACUUCUUUCUCUACAAGUACUGAUGCUGUGAACACUACUGUUGCUAUGAUGACUACUUCUUCUCUUGCAAGUACUGAUGUUGCUAUCACUAGUAGUAAUGCUUCUAUUACAAGCCCUCCUCUCUCUACAAUUUCUGAUGGUAUUAGCAUUGGUAAUACUAUUCCUGUAGUGACUACGCUUCCUACAAAUACUCACACUGCUAGCACUAAUAAUACUCUUUCUGUUACGACUAAUCCUUUUCCUACAAGUACAAGUGCUGCCAGCACUAGUAAUAUUGUUCCUAUUAUGACUACUCUUUCUUCUUCAAAUACUGAUGCUGUUAGUACAAGUAUCACUGUUCCUAUAAUGACUACUUCCUCUACUCCCUCCUCCACUCCUACCCCUAUUCCUAUGUCUGCCCUUAGCUCUGCUACUUCUAUUUUGAGCCCCUUUCCAACAAGUAAUACACUUACUACUGGUAUAAUUACUAAUUUUACUACACCUACUAAAGAGAACACCACUCAUUUCAACACUCUGGAUACACAAAGUACUGUGAUAAAGGAUGCUACAGCUGCUGCUACCAGCACCACAAAAAGUACUACAAGUCCAGUUACAAUGGUUACUUCCACAGACAAAUUUACUGCAUAUACCAAACCGGCUGCGACAGAUUUUAUAAGCUCGUCUUUUCCAGAAGGAACAACUGCCAGCUCCCUAAGCACCACGCCCCAUCAAGACGACUACUGCAAGCACUACAGCUACUACCGUGGAUUCAGUUACCACAGGGAUUAUAAAUACUCCCCCUGCAGGAAACACAAAUGCAGCUACAGUCAUCCCCACAGUUACUGUGACUACAAAUGCUACAUCUAA